AUUCAAACAAAUGCACUCGCAACAUCCACACCCGGUAUAAUCACGAACGUUAGAUUUCCGUCUGGUUCGAAAAAAAAAAAAAUCAUGAAAUAAUUGAUGCUUUUGUUAGAUAUUAUUAUUAUUACUAUUAUUAUUUGUGUUUGCCUAAUUAUAUUAAAUUCAGUUGAAUAAUAAGUUGCGUAUUGUACAUCAUCCUCAGUUGGUGUUUGUUGCAUGUCCUUGUGUGUACGGUUGUUGAAUAAUCGGUGAUUUAUUCUUUGGUUAAAAUCUGUCCAUAGAUCACGAUUUAAGAUUAGAUCAACUGUAUCGAAUAGAAAAUUGUAGAUACAAUGGACAAAGAAAAAGGAAAAUUCAAUCCAUUGGAUAGAUCUAAUAUUUUUUCGUAUUUAACUUUCGGAUACAUACUGGAAUUAAUUAAAAAAGGUUGGAAACACGAUUUAAACGAAAGUGAUUUAUUUGGAUUGCCCGAACGAUGUAAAUCAAAAAGGAACGGGGAAAUCGCGUUGAAAAAAUGGCAGGAAAAUACUUCGCUACUGAAAUUAUCGUUGAACAAAUUUGCGGCAUUUUAUAUUUUAUUAUGUCUGGCGCAUAUCAUUUGGACGGAAGUACGAAGCAUUUUACGGCCUUACGGAAUCAGCAAAUUGAUAUCUUUCUUCGACAAAAACCAAAGAUCGAUAUCGGAAACGGAAGCAUACUAUUGCGCCAGCAUUGUGAUCUUCAUGAAAUUUUUCCAAUUCAUAUUCCAAUCGAACAUUCAAAUAUUCGAAGCGAAAUUUUUAUUACAAAUAAAAACAACGUUGCAAUCUCUACUUUACGAUAAAAUCUUAAAAUUAUCGUCCACGUCUGUUUCGGAUACCAGCUCCGGUAACCUAAUCACAGUAAUGACUAAAGAUAUAUCGAUUAUCGAAGGAAAUCUUUGGGUGGUUAAGGAUUUCGUCAUAUUCCUCGUUCAAACUACGACCGUGUUUUAUUUGCUGUGGAAAAAACUCGGCAACGCCGCUUUUAUAGCGGUGGGAAUGUUCGCGUUAGCCUUACCCGUACAAGGUUUUCUGUGCGCGUUAAUAAGUAAAUUGAGGCUUAAAGUGGGACGAAAUUCCGACGAAAGACUACAAAUAACGCAAGAGACUCUAUCUGCCAUUAGAGUGAUCAAAAUGUACGCGUGGGAAACUUUUUUUAUCGGCAAAAUAUCGGAAGCUAGAAAGAAAGAAUUGGCGGCGCUAUUGAAAAUGGUCUUUAUCAAUUUUCUAAUAGUAAUAAUCGGUAUUUUUUUGUCUUCCCUCGUAUUUCUCGCGCUGAUAUUGUCGUACAUCUGGUUGGGCAACGAUACCAACACCGAACUUAUAUUUUACGUUCAAAGUUUAUUCCACGAAAUCACGAUGGCGAUGGGCAUAAUGAUUCCCUUGAAUAUGGGCAGAACGGCGGAACUGGUAGCGUCUUUAAAAAGAAUAAACGGAGUGUUCGGAUGCCAAGAGAUCUCUAAAAUAGAGAGGAUUUAUAAAGAGGCUCUUAUAGAUAUAAAUAAUGUUACUGUGGAAGUGAAAGAUAAGAAAGUUCUUGAUGAUGUAUCUUUAAAGAUCUCGAAACCGGGAUUACACGUUAUUACGGGCGUGGUUGGAGCCGGGAAAAGCUCCAUUUUGAAGGUUAUUAUCGGACUCCAUCAUUUAUCGGAAGGUUAUUGUAAACUUGGAGGGAGUAUAUCGUUCGCAGCGCAAGAACCUUGGUUGUUCCCAUCAACCAUUAAAAACAACAUCUUGUUUGGUGAAAAAUACGAUAAAGGUCGUUACGAAGAGAUUCUAAAAAUCUGCGGACUCGAUUACGAUUUGUCCUUCUUGAAAAACGGCGACGAGACGAUUAUCGCAGAAGCCGGAAUCAAUUUAAGCAAAGGACAACAAGCUAGGAUCAAUUUAGCUAGAUGCGUUUAUAAAAAAAGUGACAUUUAUUUAUUGGACGAUCCUCUAACUGCUUUGGAUGCUAAUGUACAAGAUGUUAUUUUCACCGAGUGUAUUCAGAAGUUUUUGAAAGACAAAAUUUGUAUUUUGAUAUCUCAAAAUCCAAAACAUAUUAACCAAGCUGAUGAUAUAUUUACGUUGAGUCAUGGAAAGUUGGUAGGAGAUACCGAAACUUUCUAUCCAUCAUGUGAUAUAGUUGAAACAUUAAAUGAUGUAGUUGAUAAGCAUAGGGAAUUAAGUACGAUCGUUACUGAUCAAAAUGAAGAUAGUAGAUACGCUGAUGAAAAUUUAUAUAAAGAAAUUAAUAAUUCUGGAAAAAUUAGUGCCGAUGUUUAUAAAUCGUAUUUGAAAUUUGGAGGAGGAUAUUUGUUUUUCGCUUCGAUUAUGAUUGUUUUUACAAUGAGAGAAGGGUCGCACUUUGUUGGAGAAAAAAUUAAAACAAAAUGGAUAGAUCUUCAAGCAACCAACAGCACCACUUAUCUACUUUUCUUGGGCGGACCAUACGACAAAGAAGACUGCUUAAAGCUAUACACUAUAGUCGUACUCAUAACCUCAAUGUUCACUUUGAUAAAUCUCUAUAUUUUAUUGAGAUUCUGCAGAAACGCUUCUUAUAACGUUCACAAAGCUAUGGUCAACCGUAUAUUAACGUCAGUUAUGACGUUUUUUGAUACUAACUAUUUGGGAAACGUCGUAAACAGAUUUUCUUAUGAUUUGAAUAUCAUCGACGAGAAACUCCCCACUUUAUUCCUGCACUUACUUAGGGUGGCAUUUUUCUGCUUAGGCAGCAUCGUUCUUAUAGCAACAGUUAACUGGAUAUUUCUUUUCCCUUCUGUAAUUUUCAUCGUCCUGGUCGUGAUAUUUAGGAUCCUCUAUAUUAAAACGGCACGUAAUUUGAAAAGGCUGGAGGCGGCAACUAGGAGCCCUUUAGUGGGCCACAUUAAUUCUACCCUCGAAGGUUUGUCAACUAUCAGGGCGUUUGACGCCAAAAAGAAGCUGACAGAUGAAUUUUAUCGACAUCAAGAUUUGUAUUCGUCGGCAGUUUUCACAACCAAAUUGUCCCAUGCCGGUCUUGGGUUUUAUAUGGGAACACUAAGCGCGACCUUUUCUACCAUUAUCAUAGCCAAAUUUUUGUUCUUUCCAGACGACACUUCCGCCGGCAACGUCGGUUUAGCACUAACGAACGUAAUCGGACUGUCAGAUUUAGUGUUAUGGGGAGUGAACGAAUGGAUAGAAAUCGAAACUAAUAUGACAUCUGUCGAGAGAUGCAUCGAUUACACGAAAAUAAAACAAGAAUUUCAAACAGGUAAUCAUCCGGAAGAUUGGCCGAAAGAAGGUGGAAUCAUUUAUAAACACGUGGAAUUGAGAUACGGCGAUGAAAAAGAAGCGGUUUUGAAAAAUAUUAACUUCACAGUGAAACCUAAAACGAACAUAGGAAUCGUAGGGAGGACUGGAGCCGGUAAAUCUUCCAUAAUCUCAACGCUUUUCAGAUUAUACGAACAUGGAGGGAAUAUUGAAAUAGAUGGGGUGGAUAUUAAAACGUUAUCUUUGAAUUAUUUGAGAAAAAACAUCGCAAUCAUUCCUCAGGAUCCCGUUUUGUUCGGGGGGACGCUUCGUGAUAACAUCGAUCCUUACAGAGAACACAGCGACGAGAAAAUUUGGACGAUACUAAAUCAAUUACUGAUCAAAAAUAUCCAGUCUCUAGAUGCCGAAAUUCCAAAUUUCAGCGCCGGACAGAAGCAACUAAUCUGUAUGGCGAGAGCGGCUUUAAAAAAUUGUAAAAUAAUAGUAUUGGACGAAAUAACAGCCAACAUGGACGCCGAUAAUGACGAUUUAAUACACUUUUUAGUGGAAAAAAUAUUUGGGGAUUGUACCGUUUUAACUAUAGCUCAUAGAUUGAAUUUUAUUUUGGGCUGCGACGUGGUGAUCGUGAUGGAAAACGGGCGUAUCGUCGAAGUAGACGAACCUAAAGUUUUAUUACAAAAUAAAAAUUCCCUUUUUGCUAAAAUUUGUGAUAAAGCUAGCUCAUAAUAAAACUAUUUUCAUUCCGA